AACAGGCUUAAAAAAUGUUCUUCGGUCGUGUUGGAAAUAGCUGCGUUCCCCUUUAAAAGUCGUGGCUGAGCGCAACCAGGAAGCAGCGCAGCGACCUGAGCCCGAUCCUCCAUCACCAUCAACAGGCUCCCUGCCGUCUGUUCACCUCCGCGGCCGCUGGUUCCACUCCCCUCCCGCCAGCAGGUGACAACAGGCAGCAAAGCAUGGCGGACGGUCCGGACGCCGAGGCGGACGAGCCGCCCAACAUCAUCUUCCCGCCGCUCAUCACCGUGUCGGGUCUGCCCAGCACCGCUGCAGGUCGUAACCUGAAGGAAUGGCUCCAGGAGCAAUUCUGUGACAAACCCCUGGAGCAGGAUGACAUGCGGCUCCACAACGCGGCGUACGUGGGCGACCUGGACACCCUGAGGAACCUGCUGCAGGAGGACGACUUCAGACGGCGUAUUAACGAGAAGUCGGUGUGGUGCUGCAGCUGUCUGCCCUGCACGCCUCUGCGGAUCGCGGCCACCGCCGGGCAUGCCGCCUGCGUGGCCUACCUGAUCGCCCAGGGAGCCCAAGUGGACCAGGUGGACGUCAAAGGUCAGACGGCUCUCUACGUGGCGGCGGUUAAUGGUCACCUGGACUGCGUUCGGAUCCUCCUGGAAGCCGGAGCCGAUCCCAACGGGAGCCGGCACCAUCGCAGCACCCCGCUGUACCACGCGGCGCGGGUGGGGAGGGUGGACAUCCUGCAGGAGCUCAUCAGAUUCAAUGCCGACGUCGACAUCGACCACCAGCUGGGCCCCCGGCUCCUCCUGAGCGCUCGGACCCUCAACACCCUGGUGGUGUGUCCCCUCUACAUCAGCGCCGCCUACCACCACCUGGAAUGUUUCCGCCUGCUGCUCCAGGCCGGCGCUCAGCCCGACUUCAACUACACGGGGCCCGUGUGCCACGAGGCGCUGACCCGGGGCCUGGCGUCCUGCCUGCUGGACGCGGUGCUGCGACACGGGUGCGAGGUGAACUUCGUCCACCUGCUGCUGGACCACGGGGCAGACCCGGCGCUUGUGCCUUGGGAGGAGGUGGAGCUGGAGGCGCCGAACCGAAGGAAGGUGGAUCCAGAGGCACUAAAGGUGUUCCUUGAUGCAAGGAAAAACCCUCCUAGGCUCACACACCUGUGUCGCAUCAGGAUCCGCAGAGCAAUGGGCAAAAGUCGCCUGAACCACAUAACUUCAUUGCCGCUACCAGAACCCAUCAAGAACUUCCUGAUGCACAGAAACUGACUACAACAUAAUCCAUGGGGGAGAAAAAUAAUUUAAAGAAAGCUUAGUAAGUCCCAAAGACAAGAUGCUGUUUGGUUUUUACUUUAUAAGAAAAUUAAUAAUUUAUUUUCUAAGUGUGUGAAAGUUUAGUCAUGUAUUAACUUCGCAUCACUGUAAGGGUUUUUAAAACUUGUUUUCUUUUUUAAGUUGUCAAAGGAGCCUUAGCCAUGUCUGAACUCGUGAAUCUGUGUCUUACAACAAACGUCUUCUUGUCACCGCCUAAAUCAUAAAAACAUGUUGUGGCUCUAGUUCAGGUUCGGCAUUAAAAACCUCAGUCUGAAUCAGCCUGAGCCGAGACUGAAGCUGUCAUUUGUAGAAGUGCGACUGUAGCGAUCCAGCUCCUUCAAUUGCUCUUUUAAAUUCACAUUUACAUUUGCCACCGGCGGCUAAAAUCACUCAGUGGAACAAAGCAUUUGUUAAUCAGCCAAAGAUGCUGCAGCUCUCACUUAAAAUGGCAUUAAAAAGUGCAGAAUUACAUUUCCAGCCCGAAGGUGGCCAUAUGGUCAUGUUACUAAGAUCUAAAAUUAGUUUAUUUAACUACCAUUGAGAAGUUCUGGUGACAGAUGGUUUUUGCACUUUUGAUCUUCUGAAUUUAAGAGUUUAUGGGGUUACCCACUCUUCCUUGUUGAUGUUGCUACUAUGGGUGGAACAGUACACGUAACAAUCAAGGUUCAGCAGGUUCAUCGGUUUUUGGGUCACUGCUCCAUGUCAGGUAGAAAGAAAUUAAUUCAAAAGCCAGGUUUCUCACCUUUUUAACUGAAAAUGGCCCUCACAGAAACACAAAUAAAGGAAAAUAGACCUUCCUUGACUGGUAAGAUUAUAAGAAAGUAUGUUUUCUUUUGUGCUGAUAAAUUCACUUCAAAAUUAAUUAAAAAUGUAUAUUUAUAAGCCACAUGACAAACAAAAUGUGCAAUUGGGUGGAAAACCAAUCAGGGAUGAUUUUAAUACAUUUAAAAUGACGGUUCUUUAUCCUCUUGUGUGUCGUCAUCAUCAUCUGCCAUCCUUGCAUUGGUUUGGUGUGGACUGCUGUAGAUGGAAGCCUAAUCUGCUCAUUUUGUGUGUUGCUGAACAAGAAAAGGGGAAAAUAAAUGUGUGUUUCCUCUUUUCCAUAAAAGUAAGAAUUGCCUGGGACUGAUGUAGUUGUCGUCUAACUGCAUGUAACCCAUGAGACUGACGUCUGAGCCUCGGUUCAGUAUCGGUGUAUUGUUUCACCCAUAAGUACCACAACAGCCAGGAAGAGACUAACCACACAUGGCGUUUCCCAGCCGUUGUAGUCUGCUGGUGUUGGUGUAGUUACCGAUUACCAGUCUGUGCCACUAGAUGGCGCUGCAUCCCGUACUAUGACUCCUUUAUAUGAAAAUGUCGCACCGUAUUUAGGUGGUAUGCAUUUAUGAGUAAAAGAGCAAAUUUAAGGCACUUGAUCCAUACUAAUAUACUGGUAGACGGAGAGAUGUUUACAUAGUAGACCUUACUACUACGUGUCAGUAUACGAAGUAUAGACAGGAUCUUGACCAACCUGUAGUUGUAUGAGAAAGUUCAGCACAAGUUCUUUCUGUAUCACUGGAAAUCUAUAAAAAAAAAUAUUGAUAGAAAUGUUUUGAAAUUUAUAUUUAGCCAGAAAGCUGCCUUCUCUGGGAAUGUGUCUUAUAUGUUGUCUUGCAAGUCUGCGUCAGAACUACUUUUUCCUCAAAUACUAACAUUUAAAUGUGGUGCAUGUGCAACAUGUCGGUGUGUCUUGCUCAGAAAUGUAUCAUAUUUAUUUGCAACAUUAAAUCUGGUCUCAGAUGGUU